UAGGCAAUCUAGUUAUGUAAAUAUUGAAAUAUCUCACACUAACAAUGGAUGAAGACACUACAAUUGCUAUCGUAGGCAUCGGUUGUAUUUUUCCUGGGGCUAACAAUAUAGAGGAAUUCUGGAGAGUUCUUCUUAAUGGAGAAGAUCAUGUUGUAAAUAUCCCUAAUGAGAGAUUCAAUGUUGAUGCGUUUUACGAUCCCGAUCCAGAAAGUCCACGCAAAACGUAUGUCAGAAAGGCUGGACUUGUAAAAAGCUUUGAUGAGUGGGACAACAAAUUUUUUGGAAUAAGCGAUAAAGAGGCUGAGCUCGUUGAUCCACAACAACGUUUUGUUCUGGAAACAGUGCACAUGGCCCUAGAAGAUGGUGGGAUAAUAAGUGAAAAAUUAAAUGGCUCAGAAACUGGUGUUUACAUCGGUGCCAUGAAUCAUGACUGGGAUUGCUUAUUGCGUUCAGCAAAACAAAGUACCACAAAUACUACAGUCACGGCAGCGGAUACUAGUAUUCUCUCGGCAAGAGUAUCAUAUUUCUACAAUCUGCUUGGUCCAGCAAUAACAAUAGAAACUGCUUGUUCUUCCUCUAUGGUCGCCAUACAUACAGCAUCACAGGCUUUACGGAACGGUGAACUAUCAAUGGCCAUUGCUGGCGGUGUCAGCUUUAUUCUUGAUCCACAAAGUUUUAUAAGCUUAUCAACUGCAAAGAUGGUAUCACCAACAGGAAAAUGUCAUACUUUUUCAAAGGAUGCUGAUGGAUAUGCUCGGGGAGAGGGAUGUGGGAUCGUUAUAUUAAAAAGACUUGCAGAUGCUAUACGGGACAAAAAUAAAAUAUGGGGUACGAUUUUUACAUGCCUAAAUCAGGAUGGUCAUUUGAGUUCCCCAAUAACUUCUCCUUCCGGUGAACAACAAGGAAAACUUGUGGAAACAACUUACAGAAAAAGCAAUGUUCCACCAGGUUCUGUACAAUACAUAGAAGCACAUGGUAAGUAA